AUGUCGGCAACAGCAACGAAGCCGUACCCCGUACCUGACGAUGAUGAUGACGACGACGGGCCUUCGAACAUUGACGACGGCGACUUGUACGACAUGUUCAACAUUGAUUGCGAUAACGAUGUUGAGAUAACUGCGUUCCGUUCGUGCAUGGAAUCAUCUAGUGCGUCGCGUAAGACAAUCAGCAGCGAAGACGUUGAAUUACCAGACAUCUCAAUACAGAGUUUCAAGCUUAGCAAAGGCAACAUCAUCAAGCCUGGCGAUACAGUCGAGCUCCGUGACCAUACGAAUCAACCUGCCGAUGCUAUGCAUAGCGGCGACUUUCUCAGAGUCAAGGCUAUCAUAAUGAACUUGGAGACCGAUCAAAUCCGUCUUCGAGGGCAUCGACUUCGCCGUACAAAGUAUCUUGGCCAGAUUUUCAACUGGAAGUUAAAUGAGCUUGGCAUGGUUUUGAACGUGGAUGAAGGCGAUCAUCGCUCCCCGCUUAUUGCAGGAAUGGAAGACGUGGACAUGAAAGAGGUCAUCCGCAUGCGAGAAUGCACGCUUACCAACAAACCAUUCCCCUUGCUGAGCUUUCGGUCAUAUGAAAGAGUCGCGUACCCUGUCGGCAUGAGCGAGGAAGAAAUCAAGCGCCAGAUCUUCUAUGGCGGACAACUGGCAUGCCGAGUCGUCAAAGUCUUCUACAUCAAGCCGAAAACAGGAAAGUCAUACGGUGGGGUGGCUCGACAACUUUAUGUGCACGAGGCGGAUACCAACCAGCGCGAUACAUCUAACGACGAAGCAUACGGUAGCAUCACUGUUAACAACUCUAUCAACAAUACGGUCCAUAAGAAAGUGCCUCCUACACGAAAGCGGUCAGCAAGAUCAGAGUCUCCUGAAGUUGAGCUCCUCGACAGCCCACUCAAGCGGAGAGCUUCGCGUUCUGUCCGACAUGGUAAGUUUGCAUUCGGGGAUGUAUUUUGUGGGGCUGGGGGAGCAUCCCAAGGUGCUUUGCAGGCCGGCUAUAGCAUAUGCUGGGGUCUCGACUUCGACCACACUGCCCUCGAGACGUAUCGUCUCAACCAUCCCACCGCACAUACUUUCGAACUGGAUGCCCACGAUUUCCCACCCAAGAACGUCUGCCCAAAAUGCUGGAAAGUUGAUGUCCUUCAUCUCUCGCCCCCUUGUUGCUAUUGGAGCCCUGCACACACCCAAGCUGGCCCAAACGAUCAAGCAAACUAUGAAUCGAUCUAUACUGUGGGGCCUAUUUUGAAGAAGGUGAGGCCGCGUAUUGCGACGCUGGAGCAGACGUCCGGUCUGGCUACAAGCCAAGAGCAUAAACGCAACUUCUUCAUGCUAUUGCAUGACAUCUGUGAAGCUGGCUACGACGUCCGGUACAGGAUCCAAGAUCUUUCACAGUUAGGUCUGGUUCAGAAGCGUAUGCGUUUACUUAUCAUUGCUGCAAGGCGAGGGACACCCCUCCCUCCCUUCCCCAAGCCAACUCAUGGUCCUGAGGGCAGUGGUCUCAAGCCCUUUGUUAACAUUGAAGAAGCUCUAAGGGACAUCGCCCGUCACCCAAACCGCUCGAUGAACGACCUCCAUCACCAACCAAAAUUGUUCACAAUGCCAAAACCUAGGUAUAGCUCCUAUUCACAACUCAAAGGUUGCAUAACAACUGGUGGAACGACGUCUUAUCAUCCCUCUGGAUUGCGCAACUUUACAGCACGCGAGUUAGCUCUGUUGCAAAGCUUUCCCGUGCGAUAUCGGUUUGCUGGCUCUACGGGCCAAGUCAAGAAACAAGCAGGGAAUGCCUAUCCACCAAUCACUAGUGAAGCUAUAUACCGGGAGAUUGCCAUGACAUUAGAUGCUUUUGAUGGCGGUCUCAUCGAUGCCGAAGAUGACCUCUCUAAUCUGAAUUUGGAUGCGCUGCUCAGAGCCAAUGAUCUAUCUAUCAGGAAUGACCCGAGGCACAUGAGGAACGAAUUUAACGAAGGUUUCGACUUGGAGAACCCUCGCCUGCGCACAACACCGAGCGACACAGACGAGGUCAUCGAUCUACUUGACGACGAACAUGAUGAGGAGUACGUUGAACUGUUGGGCGCUGAUGAUGAGGACGGAUUCAUUGACCUGCUGGACGCCGAUGAUGAGGACGAGUCGAUUGGCCUACUGGAUGAUGACGAUGAUGAAGGCCGAAACCAAGACGAAGAUGACGACGAAAUUGUGUACUUGGGUACACGAGAGUCAAACGGUUAUUUCUGA